GAAGUACGGCGGCACAAAUAUCGCCCGUCUGGGUUUGCUUUUUUUUUUUUUGUUAAGGGGUUUAACGUUUCCAAAAGUUGACCUCUGCAAGUAUGCAGUCCGAAUCGGGGAUAGUUCCCGACUUCGAGGUCGGAGAGGAGUUUCAAGAGGAGCCUAAAACGUAUUACGAAUUGAAGAGUCAACCCUUGAAAAACAGCAGCCCGUCGGACCAGCACAGCUCCUCCAAGCCCCCGCUGAGCUCCUCGGCCAUGACAUCACGCAUCCUACUGCGGCAGCAGCUGAUGCGGGAGCAGCUUCAGGAGCAGGAGCGGCGGGAGCAGCAGAGACAACAGGCCUCCCAGUACCCACAAACCACAGCAGCUCAGAGCCCCGCCAUCAAUGUCAGUGUCCCAGCCAGUUUGCCUCCUGCUGCCCAGGUGCCAAUGGAGGUGCUCAAGGUCCAGACUCACCUGGAGAACCCAACCAAGUACCACAUCCAGCGCUCUCAGCAGCAGCAGGUGAAGCGGUACCUGGGAAAGCUUGGCUCUCAGGUGUUGAGCUUGCCCUGCCACAACCAGUCCUCUGACCACGGGGGCAUGCCGCCAGGGCCGGGCAACAGCGCCCCCAACAGCCCUAUGGCCUUACUGACCCUGAACUCUAACUGCGAGAAAGAGAUGGAUGAUGUCAUUGAUGACAUUAUUAGUCUGGAGUCCAGUUACAGUGAUGAUAUCCUCGGCCUGAUGGACCCAGGACUUCAGAUGGCUAACACGAUCCCCGUGAAUGCUAACCUCAUGGACAUGUAUGGUAAUCAGGGUAUGCCCCAGCAGGGUCUGCCCAUCAGCAACUCCUGCCCUGCCAACCUGCCUAACAUCAAAAGGGAAUACUCUGUUUCACAAUCCCCUGCCAUCAUGCAUAUGCUGGAUAAGUCUGGAUCCUGCGGCAAAUUUGACAACUAUCAGAGGCCUGAAGGGUUCCCUGUUGAAGCUGAGGUAAGAGCAAUGGCAAAGGAGAGACAGAAGAAGGACAACCAUAAUCUGAUUGAGAGAAGACGACGGUUUAACAUCAACGAUCGAAUCAAGGAAUUGGGCACUUUAAUUCCUAAAUCCAAUGACCCGGACAUGCGCUGGAACAAAGGCACCAUCUUGAAGGCUUCAGUGGACUACAUCAGGAAACUACAGCGGGAGCAGCAGAGGGCCAAAGAGCUGGAGAAUCGCCAGAAGAAGCUAGAGCAUGCCAAUCGACAUCUGAUGUUACGGAUACAGGAGUUAGAGAUGCAGGCGCGGGCUCACGGUCUGGUCAUCACCUCCUCAGCACUCUGCGCUAGUGAACUUGCGGCCCGGUCCAUUAAACAGGAGCCUUCCCUGGAGGAUUGUCGCCAGGACCUGUACACGCUCCACCCCCAUCACCAACACCACCCGGCCUGCACUCCAGAACCACCCAGCGCCCUGGAGCUAAACGAAGGCCACUCUAACUUCCCCGAGGGCCACUACAGUGUUCACUGCAAGCCGGGCUCCAAACUCAACGACAUCCUCAUGGAAGAUAACUUAUCACCGGUGAGAGGGGGGGACCCUUUGCUCUCGUCAGUCUCCCCAGACACCUCAAAGGACAGCAGUCGCAAGAGCAGUGUAAGCAUGGAUGGAGAUGAGCAGGGCUGUUAGCACCCCCUACUGGAAGACCCCUCACCUGCAUCUCCAACCGUCUCCAUCCUGCUGCAAGUGUUCCUGUCAGCAGCUAACACACUCCCAGCUGCUGGAGAGGCUUCCUCCCGUUUGUGUCAUUUGUUUGUUGUGUUGUUUUUUUUCUCCCCCGCCCACGUUUACAUGUAUUGAAUCUUUUCCAGUCAUGUUUUUUUUGUUAGUUUAUUUGUGAUAUCUUCAUGUUUUCAAGCCCUCAACCUUGAUUACAAGGACUGAUUAAAAAGUUUGCUUUAAUCAAUACUUUGAUGACAAUGAGUUACAAAAAUAGACGUUUUUAUAUUUAAAAAAAAUAUGCAUUCAUCUUUGAAUAGAGGCUAGGUUAUGCUUAUUUCUAUUGAUUCCAAAGAAUCUAGGGAAGUUAUAAAUCGUGGUCAGAAAUGUAGAUAUGUAGAUUUUGUGUUGAGAUGAACACUGCUUUUUAAAUCACUAGCAAUAAUAGGACAAAAAAAAAUCUAUUUAUUACUAUAGUGCUUUACACUCCUUGUGUCUUAGAUUGAACUUGAAUGUGCCAAUGCCUUAUUAAGAUGUGUAUACAUCGAUGUUGUAUUGCUAUGCACAUUUUUUGGCUGUUAUCUGAGUCUUUGUCAGUCUUCCAGUUGAAAUUUCUUCCUUGACAAAUAUUAAUCAUUUGUAGAUUUGAUCUUAUUUAUGUUUCUAUGUAAACAGGACUUUAUGUAUACAUUUCCCUAAAAAUGUAUUUAAAACAAGGCAUUUAAAAGAGCCUUUUUAAAGUAAUGAAAAUAAUAAAUAAAUGAAUGCACAUUAAAAAUAGCAAGCUAAAAUGUCUCCUUCGAGAUUCACCAUCCUGAUGCAUCCUGUAACCACCCAGUGCUGACUGCUCAGCAGUGUGUACCAGAUAUAUUACCAAUAAACAUUCCUCACUGCCAAAACCACCAAAAUACUUAAAUUUAACCAAAAUAAUUAAGAUUUUUUUAAUAAUGCAGUCAGAAAACCAGUCGAAUCUUAGCACAAAUCAAAAUCAUAAAGCCUGUUGUAGCUCUGACACACGCACAAGAAGCUGAUGAUAGAUCUGAUUGUUACAUAAUUCUGUAAAUCUUUGAUAGAUGAUUAACGCAAGAUGAAGAUGAAUCAGUUUUUAAUGUAUUCUUGUCUCUAGUGUUCAGACAAAACUGGUAAACCUGCUCCUAUCUAUCACACACAGUGUACUACUUCAGACAUGUGUUGAUACAAUGCUGAGUUUUUAUAAUUGUCCAUCCAUUUCCUAAAUUAUUGUUUUUUUUACACCACUGUGGUGACAUUUCAAAUUCAGGAUUUUUUUUUUCCAUUAUGUGAACAUUUAUAUUGCCAAGGAGUAUAAGGAGACUGCUUUGGGAUUUUGUAUGAAAUGCAUGACAUUGUCAAAACACUGGAAUGACCUCUGUAAUUUGAAAUGUGGUUUGUUCGCCUUUUUUUUUUUUUUAUCUAAGCAUAAACUAACUAUUGUAUUUGGCUUUUCAAAUGCAUACAGAAUAUUGUAUGAGAUUGCAGAUUCUUUAUGGUGUACGGUUGUUGUAUAUUUCAGCAGCUUAUUUUCAACAGUUGUAACACAUAGCAUAAGUAUGCCUUUGUUAAUAUCUACCUGCCAUACAUUGAGAGCCCUGUUACAGCACAGCCUUCAUUUUGUUAAACUAUGCAAUGGUUGAAGUUGUGUCUGCAGAGCAGCAUCGUGUCUCGACAAUGUGAUCUCCUUAUGACUUAGUGUAAACAGUGUCAAAGUAAUUAUCUUUUAAAUUGAUUUAAGUGCCUUACAGUCGUUUCAGUUACCCUGGUGAUGUAAGAGGAGUUGUAGACAGUGAUGCAAAAUUUUGUUGAUGUUUAUACUGGUAUUUGGUGCUUAAUGAAGUAACUGAAGAGUGCCAAAGUACGUUAGAAAGCAGUAGGAAAGGGCUGUUUGUCAGUACAACAUAACACUAUAAACCUCUCAGACUCAACAACCACAAAAAUAUAGUUUGUUAUGAUGGAGCCCCAAAGUGUUCAUUACUAAAUAAGUAAAUAUGGCAUUAUGAAAUGAAUAUCAUAAAAAUAAAUAGAGUAACACAUUAAAGUAAACCAUUGAAUUCGGAAAUAAUAAAUUAUUAAAACCCAUUAUCAUUAAUUAAUGGUAUUUCAUCAUUAAAUUCAUAUUACAGUGUUUUAUUUAGUUAGCAUUUAUUAUUGCACUUUUUUUUUUAGCUCAGUACCCUUUUACAAAAUUCUGUUUUACUUAAUAAUAGUAUUUUUCCUAUUGAAACUUAUAUUUCAAAAUUAUUACCACCCAUUUACCACUUAGGCAAUCACUUAAUCCAGCCUAUAGGUUUAACAACAACCAGAAAAUUUAGCCAACAGCUACCGUUCCCUACAGCAACAACAACAUCAAAACUAAUACUGACUACCUGUUGCAGAAACCAAACACAGCAACUAGCCAGCCACUACCUUCAUUAGGCAGAACAUGGCGACAAAUGCUACCUGGCUAGCAAGCUAACACGUAAGGUUAGCUAGUGAACUUGGAUUAUAUAGAGCCGGUGUUGGCAGCAGCUAAUUCAGUGUUGUCCUGGUAAUGUCGUGUCUCAUAUUGUUAUUCAACAACAGCCAAAAUUUAGUCAGCGGCUCCCGUUAGCUGGAUCAACGACAGUAACGUUACCAAAACUAAUACUGACUAGCUGCUGCAGUUUCCAAACAUAGUUACUACCCACUACUUUUAUUUAACACAAUAUGGCAACAAAUGCUACCUGGCUAGCAAGCUAACAAGCUAGGUUGGCUAAUAAACUUCGAUUAUGUAAAGCCAGUGUCAGUAGCAGCUACCUCAUUAAUUCAAAGUUAUCUUGGUAACGUUGUGUCUCUAAAUUUAUUGAACAGCCAUAAAAUUGAACAGUGGCUGCUGUUAGUUAGUGCUAACGUUACAACAGUGCCAAAACUAAUAUUGAUGUCUAAACUUAUUUAGCAACAGCCACAAAAUUUAGCCAGCAGCUCCCGUUAGCUAGAGCAACGACACUACCAAAGUUAAUGCUGACUAUCUGCUGUAGCAACCAAACAUAACUAACUCCUCAUUUAUUCAGCAGAACAUGGCUACAAAUGCUACCUGGCUAGCACGCUAACUAGCUAGGUUGUCUUGUAAACUGGGCUUACUUUAGCUGCGUUCAGUUGGGGCCAUGUUUACGGUGUUAAUGAGAACAGCCCAUAUGAACGCAGCCCUCUUGGUGUACAUGACUUCUCAUAUCCUAAGCACAAGCUAACAAGUUCCAUUUUAACACAAUAGCACAAAAUGGCUGCAAAUGCUACCUGGCUAGGAAGCUAACUAGCUAGGUUGCCUUGUAAACUCAGAAUAUGUAGAGCCAGUGUGAACAGUAGUGGCUAACUCAUUCAUUCAGUGUUGUGACUUUCAAGUUAUUGUUUACAGAAAGAUAAAUAGAGCAUAAAUAUUUGGUUGCUGUAGCCAAAAGGAGCCAGCUGGUUAACAGUUUUGGCUGUUAGUGAAAUGUCUUGUGCCUUUCAGAAGAUGGCUCUUGACUCUUAAUCUUGUAAUAUUUUACUUAUUUUACUUUAUUUCAUUAUGUCUUAUUUAUUUAAUAUAGAACAUGUUGGGGUGGCUGCUCAUUUUGUUUUUAUCUUUUUUAAGGUCAAAUUCUUCCCUGAAGGCAGUGUUUCCACAGUUGUACUGAAUAUUCAGCAUCCUUUCAAGACUAGUAUGAAUGUAGUUCAAAGUGAUGACUGCCAAAAUGUGUUGCUAAAAUUAAAUAUACAGUAAGUUUAUAUAAAUAGCAUUUUUUAACAGCUUAGCUAAUGCACCUGAUAGUGGUGUUUAUCUUCUGCAGUUACAAGCAAUACUCAAGAUGUAAUGGCAGUCAAGGCCAUCAGUAAACUACAGGUGAAAGUUCAGUCAUGUACCUGGAAAACAGUAAAAUAACUUAAGAUCUUCUUAAUAAUAUAUUUUCUAGAACUUUCAACUACAUCUCACAGUCGUCAUCAGCAGAUGGAGAUGGCUCAGCUGUAGUCACGUGACAGUGAAGUUGUAUGGAACUUCUGUUGAAGACCAUGAGAUGUGGUUGAAAGCCCAGAAAAAGCCAGUAAGUGGACCUUAAGUUGAUUUUUUUUUGUUAUGGCUUCAGAGGACUGCAAAAUGGCCUUUAUGGUGACACCAUUAGUGCAAUACACAGUCCCUUUGACUGAAACUAGAUGAGCUUUUUUUUUAAUGUAAUAAAUACAUAAAUCAUCCAAACUGAGAUGUGACAGGUUACAAUGAACAUCAGCAUCACAGGUGAUGGUGGCAGCACUUAAUUUAAAAGCCAUCACUACGACUGAUUUCUCAUAAUGAAUCUCCCAGCUGUUAAUUAUUAUGGCACAUUAUGGGUAAACCACUAAUGAAUAACCACGUUAGCUCGAUUUAGACCUCCUCUGCUCACUCUCAUUCCUGUGGUUCACACAGAGAACGUUAAACUCUGCUGAUGUUGCUACUGUUCUUAUUGUUACAGUUUAUAUGAGAUGAAUGUAGCAAUAGUUACUGUAAGCACUGGUUUCAGAUUAGUGAACUCAAACUCAUUGGUACUCAAUGUGGAAACUAUCUUAUGAGAAAUAUUAAAAGUUUUAUUUGAA